AUGUCGAACCUGAGUCAGACAGGAAGUAACAAUGAAAUGAUCCUUGACACUGAAACUGAUCCUAACGGAUUGGCCGUAUCCGAUGAAGAAGUGGAAAAUACAGCGAGUGGCAACAAUGUUGUCCAGGCGACGAUGCUUGACACCCUGACUAGACUGAGUAAACCCGCCCAUUCUGUGGACGAGUUCGACAACCUCAAGACGACUAUUCACACGGCCUUCAUGACCCAGCAUGAUACACAGUAUCAGCAGGAAGGUCUCAGGCUUAAGGGGCAGGGCUGUAGUCUCCAAGAAAGCAAAAGCAGGGCCGAAGAACUCUGGGUUCAGAUACUGGACAGCGAACGAUUCAAGGAUUUGUCUCAGAACCCAUCGCAAUGGAACUGCUCUGAACCCCUAGUCAUAUUUCGGACCGAGCCAAAUGGCAGCUCAGGGGAGGUAGCCGGUGCUGUAACGCUGCGGCUUUAUCAUAAAUCCGUCCCCGUAAAGACGCUGGUCUUGAGGGAAAGAAUCCCUCAAAUGGAUGUCUAUGACGGUUCCGACAUUGAUGAGCUUCUCGGACCUCCCCCUCGAGGAUAUGAUUAA